AUGCGACCGGCUUGCGUAGUUCAGCCAACCAACGCCAAUGAAGUGUCGACUAUUGUCGUGACUAUGGCCCGCGCUCACCGCGAGAACGGCGAACAGUUCGCUAUUCGCAGCCAGGGACACAUGCUUUCUGCAGGGGCCGCCAACAUCCAAUCAGGAGCCUCCUGGGACCAAGUCUACAAAAUAUUAGACCCCUUGAAUAUCACUGUCGCUGGUGGAAGAGAUGCAUCCGUAGGCGCAGGCGGGUUCCUUACUGGCGGCGUGUCCGCACUCAGUCCCGCUAUAGGAUGGGGCUGCGAUAACGUACUGCUAUAUGAGAUGGUUCUAGCAAGUGGCGAGGUCGUCAAUGUUUCCAAGGAUUCGUAUCCCGAUCUUUUCAUUGCCUGA